GAGGUUUGGAGUCUCUUGGUGCCUCUGGAACUUGGCGAUUUGGUAGCCUUGGAAAACUGUUUUCGUUUGUUUGUUUGUUUUGUUUUGUUUUGUUUGUUUGUUUUUCUCCUGACCGAUCUCAGAUGAUUAAAGGCCUCAACUGGAAUCUAUUUGUAUUUGGAACUGGAUCAACACAAAGACUUGAUGUAUUAGAAUGACUGGCAAGCAAGCAAUGCCAUUUAAUGAGCAAGCAAAGUUCUUGGGCUAUAAUGGGGAAAUCCUUGUUUUUCAGUUGUCCAAAGGAGAUUUUGCAGAUUUUGAAAUGCCUACAGAUCCAUCCAUAUUAUAUGUCAAAAGGAUAAUAUUUGACAGAGAAACUAGUACAUUUGUUCUGACAUCCACUGGUUUUUUAAACAUUAAUGAGAAAGCUUCUCAUUUAAAAAUUCUAUGUUGUAACUGUGUGUCAGAUUUCAGAACUAGAAUUAACCUUCCUUGCAUUUUAAUACAAUGUAGAAAAUGCAAUAGUAAAGCUUUCACCUAUUAUAUACUGUUUCUUCACAAUGCCAACAAGUUUGAAAAGCUUUUGAAUUUUCACCUAAACCAUGCAUUGGAUGAGAGUGUAAAGAUCUUUGAUGGCCCUAUAGUUUUUUGGCAACAUCUCAACAAAUUCUUCUAUAUCUCGUCCCAAAUGAGGAACGUCACUAACAUCUCAGUUAAACUUUCCUCUAUCGAGUGGAUAGGUGAGAUUGAAAAUUUUGGUGUAGGUUUUCUGGGGUUAGCAGAACCAUCUGAGGCUAAAUGUAGCCACAAGCUUUCAGAAUCAGACUAUGAAUUUUCCGAUUCCAUCCUUUGUGUAUAUGCUCUUAAAAGUCAAGAAAUAUUAAGCAAUAGUUACCUUAUCCCUCUUGCUUACAGUAAUGUAGUAACUCAUGUGCAUGUCUGUGCUGCUGAAAUGGUUGAGAACCAGUUAAAAAUGUCUUUGAUUGCCCUGACACGAAAGAAUCAGCUCAUUUUGUUUCAAAAUGGCAUUCCCGUAAGAGUUUGUCAGCUUCCAUUUCCAGAUCCUUGUUCAGUUCAAAUUCUAGAUUCAGGUAAAGGAAACCGAUUUUUCAUCGUGUCAUUCAGAUCCAAAGCUUGUGCUGUUUCCGAAAAGAAAUUUAAGGUUGUUGCUAAGUGGGAAAAACUUAGCUUAGUACUGAUAAACGACUUUGUUGGAGUUGGAACUGAACAAGUACUAGUCAUUUUUGAGGAUUUUCUGAGCGCAGAUCAGCUGACUUCAUUUACAAUAACAGAUUUUGUCAAAAUAAGCUAUUCAACUGAACCACCGGAUUGCAGUGAAGACUGUUUUGCUGAAGAGGAACAUGAAAAUUAUUAUUUGGUGCUUCCAGCAUUGGAAGCCCAGUUAGAAGCAUCUUUUGUUUUUCUUAACAAACUCCAGCAGCAUAUCUCAUUUAAAGAUGCAUUUAUUGCAAACUCUUGGAAGGGUCUUUUAAACUCUGUUUAUGGGAAAGUUGAUAGUAUGCCAAGUGAUGAGGAGUUACCUAUUUUAACACCUUUUUUGAAGGACUGCCUUGUUCCUUUCUGUGAUGAAUAUGAAAACAGUGUGCAUACCCCUGAGGAAAAGUUAUCAGAGAAUUUUCCAGAGCCAGAUCAUAUUGUAGAGCAGACAUGGUGUCGUAUACUAGAUGAUGAAUUAGUUGUUGGAGUGAAAGUCACAUCUUUGAAGCUAUCUCGUAAUGAAAUGACUUUAUCACUGAUAAUGGAUCAAAGCAACAGGUCCAGUUUUCAGCUUAUGAAGUGUCGAAGUCAGGUGAUUAGUUUGAGUAUGAAUUCUUUUCCAGAAGCAUACUUUAUGCCAGGGGAAACAGGACCAGAGACAAAAAGGAUCAAGUUGACCUCUGGUAGCAAGGAAGAGGAAAGCUCUUCUUGUGGACAAUCAUCUAAGACACAAUCUACACACAUAAUUACUGCCAUAACGUCUCUUUCACCACUUUUAGUAUUCAACAAAUUGUGUUGUACUGUGCUGCUAAACAUUAGUGACAGAGAUAAUGAUAAACAUACCGUGCAUGAUUAUGUUGUAUGUGGCAACCUUGAUUUUAAUCUACAAGAUCUUUUUAGUAGGAAACACCUACUGGCGUUCCCGAAGAAGCAAGAAAUAGAACAUACGGAAGAUCUUUUUUCACUUCUUGCAGUAUUGCACAAAUAUUGUUUUCGUGUCACAUCACCUACCCAUGCCCCGAAUUUAAUGAAGGUAUGGCUCUUGAAACACAUGAAAUGUGAAAGAAUCAAAGAAUGCAGCGAAAUAUACUUGUAUAAAAAGCUGCGAAACUGUGGAGCACUCUUCUCCUGGGAAAAAAGAACAAUCUUUGAAGGAAAUUUAACAGUAUAUUGCAGGAAUCAAGGAGUUUUGUUCCAAUGUCUUGACCAUCUCAUCAAAGUUCUACCUGGAAAAUAUGUCUUCAGCUAUCUGAAAUUUGAAAAGGAGGAUUUGUUAAUUGAUCAUUUGUCAUCCACUUUGGAGAAGGAGCUUAUUACCUUUUGUUCUCUUUCUACUUCUGCCUUUGAGUAUGUUAGAGAUGGGUUUACGUAUACAGAUAAAACAAGCAAAAUAAAUGAGAAUACCUCAGUUGAUUCAGAGGUAGAGGCCAAAAUCUGUCUGCAUAAGCAAGAAGUUCAGAAAGAAAGGCUACUGAAGGACUUGAAUCUGAAAGUAAAUGCCCACAGUUAUGCAGAGAUGACUUUGGCAUUAGCUGACAUUCAGCUGAAAUCAGACCUCAUUGUAAAGCAACUGGCUGAUUUGUAAGUGCACUUUAAAAAUCUUGAUUUAAAAUAUUUAAACUGCAUGUUGAGAGAUGCAGUUAUAUAUAAUGCAUCAAGAUAUAUAAUGAAUAAAUUGUGAAAAAAAGUAGAAAAAAUAUAAACUGUCAUAAAGUAUUGACUUCACUUGUUAUCCUUUGUUAAUAUAAAGAUUAAACUCUAUUAUAAUCCCUA